AUGCAAGCACCUCAAAGAAUAUAUCCGGGUUUAAAUCAAAUCACUACGGGUUGUUAUUCACCUACUACUACAUAUCGUACUCGCAUGCAGCCUAAUUAUCCCACAAAUUCAAUAUUUGGGACUUUUGAUGAUCCUAUUCUGCAAGCGCGAGCUGCACAAGCUGCAGCUUUAGCAGAAAUGGAUGUGAAAAAUGUCAAUAUGGUUACUGGUGGUAUGUUACGAUCUGCCGAUAUGUUCUCGAGCUAUCACUCAACAGGUCCACACCUUCCAUCAUCAUCUGCUGAUUUCGAUCCUUCAACAAUUGCUCAAACAUCAUCGAUUAUUGAUUCAUCAAUAAAUCAUGCUCCAGAUUCGAUGACAUCGCUACAACAAGUUAUGGCAAUGCAGCACUAUCCAACAGCACAAUUUCCACAAUAUCCUAUGCCUACUCCAUUUGCAACAGCAACUGCUGUAGUUGCAUCUUCAACAGCUCCAUCUCUACCUCGAUAUCCAUUAACAGCACCAGCUAGCGAACUGGAUACAGAUCCUCGUGAGUUGGAGCGAUUUGCUGAACAUUUUAAGCAAAGAAGGAUUAAAUUAGGUGUGACUCAAGCUGAUGUCGGAAAAGCGCUUGCUCAUCUAAAAAUGCCAGGUGUUGGGUCGUUGAGCCAAUCUACGAUAUGUCGAUUUGAAAGUUUAACAUUAUCACAUAAUAAUAUGGUCGCACUCAAACCAAUUCUACAUUCUUGGCUUGAAAAGGCAGAAGAAGCAACAAAAUCAAAAGAUGUGGUUGGCGAUAGUCAAGGAAUAUUGCCGAACACCGAUAAAAAACGAAAGCGAACAUCUAUUGCUGCACCAGAAAAAAGACUUCUCGAAGAUUAUUUUCGGCUAAGCGCUGAUGCUUUAACUUCUGGCAGGAGCAAACCUUUCCAGAAAUCUGGUCAACAACCUCGACCAAGCGGUGAACGAAUUUCAGCAAUAGCUGAUAAGCUUGAUCUUAAGAAAAAUGUUGUACGAGUAUGGUUCUGCAAUCAAAGACAAAAGCAAAAGAGGUUUCGUUUUCGAUAA